AUGGAUACAGCCGUGGAUGAACUGCAAACCAAUCCUCUCGACGAGGAAAUUGCAUCUCUCAAAAAACAAGUCGCCCACCUCCGCAAAACCAUCAAAAUCGAAUGCUCAACCAUCCUCUCCUCCCCCUCCAUCAAAGAAGCUCUCGUCUCCUCCCUAAACCCCCAACCCACCCCAAAAUCAGCAGCCCUCCGCCCUCGCAAGCCUAGAAAGUCCAUCGACCGCGACGAGCAGCUCCUCCUCACCCGCUCCAAGCAGCAAGAGGCCUACAACCAGCAGUGCCUCUACCGAAUCUCCGCCUCCGUCACUGCCUUCAAGGUCCACGAUCCCGACCCUAAUGCCGUCGACGGCGGACACGUGCUCGGCCUGCGCUUCGAGGUCAUGACGCGCGGCCAGUUCCUGCAGCCUUACUACGUUAUGCUAAAUCGCCCGUAUCCCAACAAUAGCAAGACCCUGCGCGUACAUCGGCACACCGUUCCGCCAGCAAUCCCACUGCCGGGCCUGGCGGCGAGGUACUUGCCCGUGCCAAAGCCGCAGAUAGAGAACGACAGCUCAAUAGCCCCGCCCAAACAAGACCUGGAGAGAUUUGUAAAAUCCCUGAGGAGAGAGAUUAUGAGAUACCACAACAGGUUGGGCGUUUCAGCAGAUCUGCGGCGCAGCUUAGGAGCCCACAGCCAAGCGGUGGCAGAUGGGUCAUCGCUACCUUCAAAUGCCAUUGUCGAUGUCAGCAUUGCAGACACCGAAGCAAAACAAAUACGGCUGACCUGGGCCGAUGAGCGAAAUGGCCGUCUAGUCAUGGACGAUGAUGGCAAAGUGGUCAAGUUCAUGGUGUUUGGUGCAGAGGGGAGAGACUGGGAGACAACAAAACAGCUCACGGACAGUCAGGGGCGGGUCGAGGAUGUCGCCAAGAUGUUGGAAGAAUACGCGGCUGGGAGAGAAUCAUGA